CCGAUCAUGGAUGCAUCCGACAUGAAGAAUUCUGUCACCUCCAAAGUGCUACUCCUUGGGCAGCUUUCCUUUCCCUCGCCCUUGAUCUCCCCCCUUUCCACCCUCGGGCAGCUUACAUGAAGACCAAAGCCUUUCUUCUGCUUUCCCCCGUGCAUUUCUUUGCCAUAUGUUUAUGCCCUCCCAUACCCUCUUGCGUGCUCCGGCAACUCAAAGCUCCAAUCCUCACCUCCCAAGUUUCCUCUUAUUCCUUCUCUCUCUCUCUCUCUUUCUUUCUCCCUCCCCUGCUGUUGAAGGAACCUGCGAUUCGGCGAGCUUGCGUCAUGUUAUAUAUACGCAGCGGACGCAAGGAAAGCAAGGGCCUACUAUAUACCUCUUCGUCCAGGAGCUGUCGAUCGCUGCUGCUGCCUUGUAUUGUUUGGAAGAAGAUCAAGGGGGAGAGACAUGGGUCUAAGGCGGUUCAACUGCUUGGGCUUCCUUCUUAUCCUUGUCUUCUGUGGUGGAACAGAGCAACGGAGAGCAGAAGCAACCGAUGGAACGAGCCCCCACAGGAUGCUGAACACCGUCUCAGUGUCCAAGCCGUCCUACCCCACGGUCACGACGCCCAUGUCCGCCUCCGCCUACCCGGGCAAGGCGCCGGGGAGCCCGCCGUCCGCGUUCCCGUCGCUGGCUGCGGCGAACGGCAGCGGCAGCGGGACGUGGUGCGUGGCGAGCCAGAGCGCGAACCCGACCUCGCUGCAGGUCGCGAUGGACUACGCCUGCGGCUACGGCGCGGACUGCUCGGCGAUUCAGCAAGGCGGGAGCUGCUUCAACCCCGACACCGUCCACGACCACGCGUCCUACGCUUUCAACAGCUACUACCAGAAGAACCCCGUCCCCACCAGCUGCGACUUCGGCGGCACGGCCACCCUCACCACCACUGACCCCAGUUCAGGGUCGUGCCAGUAUCCAGCGUCAAGCGGUGGCGCUCAAGGCCAGAACAUGAUGCCCCCGCCAUCCCCGACGACACUGACGCCGACCGUCCCCCCGACCACCCCGAUGACCCCGACGCCGACCACCACCCCGACCACCGGAACACCCGUCUACGGAUCAAUGGCUCCCCCCGACUACGGGUCAAUGUCCCCUCCCGGCUUAGGAUCAACGUCGCCGCCAGACUACAACGACGUCGGCGCUGCCGCGGCGAUGGGCCAGGGCAGCGCAGCGCUGGCGCUCCUCUGCACCCUAGUCGCGACGAUAUCUCUGCACGUCUCCAAGUGAGAGCGCACACAUCUAGAGAUGGCAAUUCCACAAAACAUUCAGUUCAGAAGGUACACGGCGCGCCCCGUUCGUGGUGGCUGAAAGAUGUAAAGUUGCAUUGCACCAGGGAUCUCCGUGCUGCCCGGCGCCGGGGAGAGCAGAGCUGCAAAUCUGCCUAGUGUUGUCAGAAGCGUGGCGAUGCGGCUUCUAGUACCGCCCCAAUUCUAGCGGAAGCAUCAGAUGUUUAUAUUGGCGAUUCUACUAUUGUACUUAGGAAUCUAUGAGAAAAAUUAUUUCCUUGGUUACUGAGGGCAUUUGCUCAUGGUGAAGAAUAAUAAUGUCAACCGAAGCAAAACCGACAAUUUCAGAUGAUGAAUUGUGCCGCGUGUCGUGUUUAGUAGAACACAAGCUUUGCGUUAGUCGGAGUUUGUGAGUCGUCUGGCGUAUGCCGUACUCACCAUCGAAAUAGUACUGCAGUAUAAGGUCGAUGUGUCAGUGACUCAAUGCUGUGAUAGUAUUAGCUAUCCCAGUCUAAACCCAACCUAUAGGCCCAUUUUGAGAGAUGGGCGUCUUAAA